UUUUUAACGUCUGUGUUUUGGCACAACCAAACGAAUAAAGUAUUCCCAGUCUUGCCCUUCAACCUUUUCUUCUUUUUUCUUUUGCUUCUCUACUUUUUCAAUUAUACUUUUAUUUAAAUAUUGCACACUUAAUACUUUCUACUCUCCCAUUCUCUUUAUUUGCCUGUUUUGUACACAUUUGUUGCACGCACGAUAUUUUGAACGACAACAGCUAACUUGCUCAGAUACCCAAACAUGUCCUGCAGAAACGCUACUGAUGUAAUGCUGCUCAUCCUGGCAUUUUUCCUGCCGCCUCUUGCUGUCUUCUUCAAGCGCGGGUGCACUGCCGACCUUCUUAUUAACGUCUGCCUGACAAUUCUUGGGUACAUCCCCGGAAUGAUUCACGCGUGGUACGUUAUCCUCAAGUACCCCUAUGUGCACAGAGUGUAAAAUGUAUGAGGGAGCGAGGUCAGGCAGUAUAAUUUCGAUGCGUGCCAAUAGGCAGUACCCACUAUACCAAGUACAAAUAUAGUUGAUUGCUGUAGAGCAGUUCACUACUUGCGCGCGCAAAUUGCAUCUGGCUCGGCCCAAUAUAUUCAUUUUCAAAGAAUUCGUUGGUUUUAUAUUUAUUUUCUAAUAUUAUUUUAUUCAUAUAGUUGCGUAUCUGCAAUAUAUUCAUUUACUUAAUUUACUUUUGCGUAUAUUUUCAAAAAUAAACGAGCUCAUUUAAUUA